ACCGAUAAUUAAGCUUCUCAACAACAAACUCACUCGAAUGUCUGAAGCAGAAAACCAGCAGAAGUCGGAGACCAUCCACUACGACGAUCAAGUAGAUGAUUCGGUAUAUAAACGCGACCAAAAGAGUAAAUGGACCCGUACUCGUACUGGCGAUCGGAUCGAGAGUGAGGCCAAGAGAACUAGAAAACAACUUGGUGUCGAAAGACGUAAGAAGGAAUAUGAGGAUGGAAACAACUAUGAAUUUCCUUUAGACGAACAUGGAAACCCUAUCAAAUCAGAGCGUAAACCUAAACGUAAAUGUGCCGUAAUGAUUGGGUAUUGUGGUACUGGGUACAAUGGUAUGCAAUUACAAAAUGAUCCAACUAUCAAGACGAUUGAACGUGAUCUUUAUGAUGCCUUUGGUAAAGCGGGCGCUAUUUCUCGUGAAAACGCUGAAGAUAUGAAGAAAUCUGGUUUCAUGAGAGCUGCAAGAACUGAUAAAGGUGUUCAUGCUGCCGGUAACGUUGUUUCUUUAAAAUUGAUUAUUGAAGAUCCUGAUAUCGUCAAGAAGAUCAAUGAACAUUUACCUGAUCAAAUCAGAGUUUGGGGUAUUCAAAGAACUACCAAGGGAUUCGAUUGUCGUAAGUUGUGUAGUUCAAGAAUUUACGAAUAUUUAUUACCAACUUAUUCCUUGUUACCACCAAAGAAAAACACUGUGUUGAGUGACUUACUUGAAGAAAAACGUGCAAAGUGUCCAGAUUUGUUCCACGAUGAUCCAGAAGGUGCCAAGUGGUGGGAAGAAACCCAUCAAAAGAUCUUGGAUGCAGGUAUUACUCAAGAACAAUUAGACUCAAUUGGAACUACCAUUGAAUCAACAGGCCCAGAAUCUGAGGAUGCAACGGAUAAACCGGUGGUGUUCGAAGACGGUGAACUUACCGAAUUUGGUAAGCUCGUAAAACAAGUUAAGGCUAUUGAAAACCAAUCAAGAAGAUCUUUCAAGAUCUCUACUGAACGUCUUAACCAGUUCCGCGAAGCCAUGAAGCAAUAUGAAGGUACCCACAACUUCCAUAACUUCACCAUUGGUAAACAUUUCAAGGAUCCAAGUGCAUCAAGAUUCAUGAAGACAACCACUGUUUCUGACCCAUUUGUAAUUGAAGGUACUGAAUGGGUAUCUAUCAAAAUCCAUGGUCAAUCAUUCAUGUUGCAUCAAAUCAGAAAGAUGAUCGCUAUGGCUACCAUGGUAGUUAGAAUCGGGUGUCCUGUCAAUAUCAUUCAAGACUUCUUUGGUAAUAAAAAGAUUAAUAUUCCAAAGGCUCCUGCCUUGGGAUUGUUAUUGGAAAAUCCAGUGUAUGAAGCUUACAACCAAACUUUACAAAAAUUGGACUACGAUCCAAUCGAUUUCACUAAAUUUGAUGAAGAAAUGGAAGCUUUUAAAAUGAAAUAUAUUUAUGAUAAGAUAUACGCAGAAGAACAUAAAGAAAAUGUAUUCUAUGGAUUCUUUGGUUAUAUCGAUACUUUCAAAUCAAACUCUGAUGAAGAAAGACCGGAUGGAACUAGUGUAUUUGACUUCAUAAAGAAUUACACCAACAAGUCUACCGAGCAGCAGGUACCAUCUAAGGAAGAUCCAAAACAAUAA